GCUGUGGUCAAGAUGCUCCUGGGAAACGCUAGUGUCCAACCCACGAGGACAGAUUGUCUCGGCAGAACCGCAUUGUUCCUGGCUUCUAGAAUGGGGCAUCAUAAGUGGUUGAGAUGUUUAUUGACCAUCAAACCAGUUAUAGCCGUCCGGGUUCUUCAAGCGCCGCGGCCGUUGCCAAUUGAUCGUAUUGCUGGCUAUGAGCUACAUUUGAGGAUGAUCCUUGGGGAGGGCAUGGGUGUCUUCAACCUUUCGGCGGUCUUGAUUAUAAUGACAGGCUUGAGGCGCACCCCAUGCUCGUGGAAUAUAUGAGCACGAAAGGCCAUCGUAUCGCGUAAUUCCAACGCCCCUUUUUUGCACUUUGGGAAAGGGCAAGGGACUGGACGGCCUGCGUUCAUGCCCAGGUGGCCUUCGACAUGUUUCCACAUCGUGGUUGUCCGAGUGAAAGCC